AGAAGAUUGAGAAUGCGUAUAUGUCCAUCAAGCCAUGGUUGCCGUUCUAUCAAGACGAAUUGCGCACGGCGCAUGAAUUAGGGCCAGAGGGCCGAGAGAAACUUCGGCAUCCCAUUGAAGGAACGCAGUACACUCUCGUUUUCAACAAUGCUGGUUCUGCUCAGCUGAUUUCAACAUCGCACACAACCCAUGGGCUGGCAUCAAUGUUCUCAGGAACGAAGGAUUUCGGACCAACAACUGUGUACCGAGGCUGUGACGAAGUGGCCAUCCAUGCCGUUCGGGAUCCACCAGUAAAAGAUUCCAGCCUCGAGUUGUAUCAAAAUGGUCCGAAAGUCCCCAGCCCCCUACCCGAACAUUGUCAUCAGGGUCCAAUCAUCACGAAUCGCAAGAGAGUAGUUUCUAAUAAGAUGGAGGAAAAUGUUCAUGAAGUGACCGACUUGAUCCUCAUUGUCCAUGGAAUCGGCCAGGGUUUGACAGCACAAUACGAGUCGUUCAAUUUCGUCUACGCAACAAAUAUGUUCCGAAACGUUGCACGGAAGCAAUCAGUCUCACCCGCUUUAGCUUCCAUCGUGAGGUCGAAGCGUGUUCAGUUCCUUCCAGUUCAGUGGCGUGCCAGUAUGAAAUACGAUCUGGACAAGAAAGGGUCCAAAGAUGGGUUGGAUAAUGAGUUUACACUAUCUGAGAUAACCCCGAAAGGAAGCAUCCCCUUCAUAAGAGAGCUUACAAAUGGUGUUCUAACGGAUAUUCCCUUAUAUAUGAGCCAUCAUCGGGAACGUAUGAUUGAAUCGGUUUGUUACCAAGCGAACCGAACAUAUCGUCUGUGGUGUGCUCGGAACCCUAAUUUUGAGAAACAGGGCAGGGUGCAUCUCGUUGCCCAUUCCCUCGGUACGGCCCUCGUGGCGCACAUCCUUUCAAAUCAACCAACCAUCGUUCCCCCGUUGUCCACUGUUCCGCCCAAGCAGGCCAUGAGAGAGAUGGAGCAUUUUUUGUUCAAUACAAGCACCGUGUUUAACCUUGGUAGUCCUCUGCCCGUUUUUCUCCGUAUCCACGAUACUCAACUGAUAGCACGGAAGGGCCGUGAGCGAACAAUGUACUCCCCGAAUGAUGAAGCGCUAGAUCGGGUCGGAUUCUUCGGGUGCCUUGCGACAGACUCAAUUUACAACAUCUUCAAUCCCGCUGAUCCUGUCGCCUACCUCAUGAACCCAUGUGUUGAUUCAGAACGAGCGCGCGAACUGCCCCCUUCUUCGAUACCCAAUGUGAAUACACCCGUGUUGGCCCCUUUGAGAUCGAGGAUGAGCAGACUGUUCGACUUCAGCGGAGGUAGUCGCCGGAAGUCGGCCGGUUCUCCAUCGGGAGCAUCCCCUUUGGAACGGUCGACAAUGCAUCAAGGGAUGCAAGUCGGUAUUGAACUGCCAGAUAGUGGAUCGGAGGCAAAGGUUUUAGAAGGGGAUAGAGCAGAGCGAAGAUUUAAAGCAUUGAAUUCGCAUGGAACGCUGGAUUAUUACUUGCCAGGUGAAGGGAACUUGAGCGAAUAUGUUGAUAUGAUCACGGCUCACUCAUCAUACUGGAAUGACCCAAGUCUUGCAGCUUUCAUAUUGUCUGAAAUCUUUGUCAAGAAAGUUGACCUACUACGAACAGGAAUUGGUGCAGAUGAGCUUCCCUACAGCUCAUAUUAAAUGGAAUAUUAUGUGUUCACUCAUUCUGGGACAGUUUGUUUCACAACUGGUGCUCAUAUGUGCACCAUCAUCCCUGUUCUCUUCCAACUUGGCUGGGCAAACCUGUAUCUGCUAUAUCGAUGUGAGGUCUCAGGGGGGUUGCUCAGCACACCAAAGUGUUACAAUGAUGUAUAUUGUAUGGUAGUGUUAAGUGGUACUGGAAGGUGCUGCUUGGUCACAUGAUUACAAAUACAACCUGGUACAUGUGA